AUGAGCGAUCUGCAACAUAAACUCGACGCCGUCGAUCCAGAUAGAUUGGAUCAGCAACAAAAGACCCAGUGGCUACAAGCAUGUGACAAGCUACGGACUCGGCUGGAGAGUCCUUUGGCAACUGCCUCACGUCUCGUAUUUUCGGCUCACCAAGGGAUGGCCAUUCGAUUAGCUGUCGAUUUGAGGCUGUUUGAUGUUAUAUCCGAGCAGGAUGGUGUGUUCAACGUUGAACAGUUGCAGAUUGAGGCAGAACCCCUGCUUGUCAAACGGAUUUUGCGAUUCCUGGCUGCCAUGUCCGUGAUCCAUGAGGUAGAUGUAGACAAGUAUACCACGACGCCGAUGGCAGCUGCUCUGGUAACAAGCUCGCCCCUUUCUGCUGCGAUGAUCCACGGAACUCACUUCUGGACAGUCCUCUCCAAACUCCCAGAAUACUUCCACUCAAACGGCUGGCAGAGCCCCCAAAAUGGCCUAGAGGGGCCAUUCCAGUUUGCACACAGCACACCGGCCCACUACUUCGAGUUCCUCAACUCCAACCCAUACUACGGCCAAGCCUUCAACACAGUAAUGAGCAUGCCCUUCCGACGAACAGGCAAGGACUGGUUCGAAUUCUUCCCGGUCGCAAGUCUGCGCGUGAAAACGUUGUCCGACCCACUCAUAGUUGACAUGGGCGGAGGCCAAGGGGAAGACCUAAGGAAACUUCAAUUUCAUUUCCCAGAUUUACCAGGCCAGCUGAUUUUGCAGGAUCAACCCGGUGUGAUCGCUGGCGUUGAUCUCCCGGGGAUCGAAGUCAUGGCUCACGAUUUCUUCAAGGAACAGCCCGUCCGUAAUGCAAAGGCUUAUUUCUUGCGCACUGUUUUGCAUGAUUGGCCUGACAUGCAGGCCGUGCAGAUCCUGCGGCGGCUGCGUCCCGCUAUGGGUGCUGAUUCGCUGCUAUUGAUUAGUGAGAGUGUCUUGCCUGAAUCUGGGGUUGGGCUGUCUGCUGUUUUGUCGGAUUUGCAUAUGAUGGCUUCCUAUGCGUCGCUGGAACGGACCGAGAGACAGUGGAGGUCUUUACUGGAGAUGGCUGGUUUUGCGUUGGUAAACGUUUGGUUGCCGAAUGGUUGUGAGAGCCCGAGGGAUCUGGCGGAUCAGCCGGCUCUAUUCGAGGCGAGGCUUGAAUAG